GGCGGGGCGGGCGGGGCGGGCGGGGCGCCGGCAGUUGGAGGGGCGGAGCUGCCCUUGGAGGCGGCACCAGCCAGCGGAGGCCGCUGCGCCCUAUCGGGCCCCAGCAGAGUGGCCCCGCGGAGCCGGCGCGCUCCCGCCUGCAGGGGGAGGGCAGACGGGGCGCGGGGACCGGCCAGGCCGCAGCGGCUCUGUUUCUCUUUCACUUUCCUUCCCUCCGAGACCAGCUUGUUGGCGGGCAAGGAACACGCGCGGGUUAUGGAAACAGAUAUGAGAAGGCAGAACCAUCAAUAGGAGUGAUGACCAGCGAUUGCAUGAUAAAUCUGGUUGUUAGGUCUCAUGCCUCAGGACAUCCACUUGGGAACUCCAAACCAGCUCCUGGGAUCAGACUUUUAUCCACUUAACACCCUUCUUUGCCUGAACUACUAAAGCUAGUCCUAUCUAACUACGAAUGGCUACUCAAAGGAAACACUUGGUGAAAGAUUUUAAUCCUUAUAUCACUUGCUAUAUCUGCAAAGGGUAUCUGAUCAAGCCAACUACAGUGACAGAAUGCCUCCAUACCUUCUGUAAGACUUGUAUUGUCCAGCAUUUUGAAGAUAGCAAUGAUUGUCCAAGAUGUGGUAACCAAGUUCAUGAGACAAAUCCAUUAGAAAUGUUGAGGUUGGAUAAUACAUUAGAGGAAAUUAUAUUUAAGCUGGUCCCUGGACUACGAGAACAAGAACUUGAGCGUGAAUCUGAAUUUUGGAAGAAAAAUAAACCUCAAGAAAAUGGACAAGAUGACACUUCUAAAGGUGACAAACCUAAGGUAGAUGAAGAAGCUGAUCAAGAUGAUAAAGAUUAUCACAGAAGUGACCCACAGAUUGCUAUAUGUCUAGAUUGUUUACGAAAUAAUGGCCAAUCAGGAGACAAUAUAGUAAAGGGUUUAAUGAAGAAAUUCAUUAGAUGUUCUACACGUGUAACUGUGGGCACUAUUAAAAAAUUUCUAAGCUUAAAACUAAAACUUCCAAGUUCUUAUGAGUUGGAUGUGCUGUGCAAUGGUGAAAUAAUGGGGAAGGAUCAUACUAUGGAAUUCAUCUACAUGACAAGAUGGCGACUAAGAGGCGAAAACUUUCGGUGUCUGAACUGCUCAGCUUCGCAAGUCUGCUGUCAGGAUGGCCCUUUGUAUCAGUCAUACCCCAUGGUAUUGCAAUACCGACCAAGAAUUGAUUUUGGUUAGACCAAGGGGCCUAGAUUCCACUGAGACGAAUCCGGCACUAUUUGUUUACUCAUCGACAGAUUGCACAGUGAACGGUGUGUGGACUACAGGGACACAACCAGAUUUUCAGCAUGCAAAUAAGGCCAUUGUCUGUCUAGAUUGUCAGUUGCAUUUAUGUUGUUGCUUUUAAAAGCAAACCAAGUGCCAUUCUGCUACUGAACCAUUUGCAUAAGGUAUUUGUGCUGUUUCACUGUGUACAAGUCAUGGUUCACAUCAGUUAGGUGUGUAGCUAUGACUCCAGUAUCUGGAUAUUUUGCUUGCCUGUCCCAAAAUUGUUCUAAUGUUUGAUUACACUAGUAAUAUGCCUCAAUCUUUGUGAUGUUGCAGUUUUCACAUACUAUUUUAUUCUCAUUUAAAUUUAGUACUGUACAAGAAACUAAUUAUCUUGAAAUGAAUUUGUAUGGGAAAUACACUUAUAAAAAUGGUUUUAGAGCCACUGUCCUGUUCUCAGUAAGCUUUUGUGUACAAAAUAGUUCACUCUUGUGUGUGCAAAUCCUUUUAGGAAGAAUUUUAAUUAUUAUUUAAUGUUGUAAUACAUUGUAAUUAUAGACAGUAUCAGUUAUUAACAUAGUCUACCAAUUACACAAGUAAGUCAUGUUUGCCCUCCAGAUUGGAGAUGUAUAUGACUUCUUAGAGAACUGAAGUUAGAUUCACAACAUUCAGAAUACUGGCAGCUGAUCACAUUCAUUUCUGACAAAAUAGUGUGUGUGUAAAGUUGAUUUUUCAUAAUGCCUUAUGACAAGCAGGUGCUGCUUCAUAAAACUUCAUUGUAUAACCCAUUUUAUAUGUACAUCAUUAUACUGUUGCUCUCAUUUAAUGAGUAUAUUCUCUUUUUAAAUUGGCCUUAGGUGUGUAUCAAUGUGGCAUGCAGAGGGUUUUGAUGAUUUUAAAUAUUAGGAUGUUUAGAACAGAUAGCGUUUAACUGUUUUAUGGAUUUCAAAAGUAUUGAAGCAAUUGUAGAUUAAAACUGUUACUUUUCACAUUUCCAAAGCAUACACAUAAAAUAGAAUAAAUGCAGUAAUAGUAGAUGAAUGUGCUAGUCAAAAGUAAUGGUUGGAAGAUACUUCAUUUUACAUCCUGUAGUAGUCAAGGGAAAAAUGGGACUAUUCUCUUAUAAUACAAUAAGUUCAUUAAAAUCAGAGCUGUGAUAAUGUCCUUGAUUUUGCAGCACUGCUAAGUCUUCCAUUUAUUUUUAAGGUUAGUCUGCAAGACAGAGAAAGUCAUGUUACCUUAAAUCAUCUGAAGAACUUUCUUUUAAAUCUCUCAAAAUUUAAAGUUGUUUUCUAAUUUUUUCUUUAGAAAUUAAGUUUUAUCAACUGCUUCAAAACAAGUUAAUCUCUGAAACCUAGGGAACAAUCUUGAAAGUUGAGGGGGGCGUGUUUUUGUUUUAGAAAUCUGAUAUGAGCACAAGUUGUGUGUUACACACAUCAUUAUUAUAUGCAUACUAAAUGUGUUACAUUUUCCAGUUAAAUGUAUCACAGAUUAAUACCUUCUGAUCUCAAGAUACUUUCUAAAAACAAAACAUUGCACAACCAUAAAAAAAAAAAAACAUGUAAGUACAACUCAAUCUUGAUGUCUCACACAUAUUCCUGAAACUUUAUGAUUUCUUACAUAUUUAUACCUUUGUUUCAAGUCAAACGUCUGUAUUGAAGUUUUUGUUUUGAAUUUUGUGGAAAAGUUUAUGGCAAAUUUAACACUGUACUACAAUGUUAAAUUUUCCUCUUGUUAGGAUAUUCAUGGAAGAGCUUACAAGCAGAAUUUUUAAAAAGGCAGAUUUUUGUCAACUCUUUAAAUGGUUGGAACAGACCACUAUACGCAACCAAAAAUUGAAUUUUCCCAUUAGCUACAGGCAUUAUUAUUCUGUGCUUUAAAAUCUGGUUCUCUGACAUCCCUAAGAAAUUAAACUGUUUUUACAAAUCACAAGUGUUUAGGCCAGUGACUUUUAUAUGGAAAAUAAUUUUUAAUUUACUUCAAAAUGAGUUGAGUAUGUUUUUAAACUACCAGUGAGACCUGGAUGUUUUUUCCAUUCCCAGCCAAAAAUUAUAACUUUAAGUGAGUUUUAUAUGUAACAACAUAUCUUUAAACCUGGUCUAUUGUAUCACCAUAUGUAAUUUCAUGUUUUUCCAAGGUAUUAUUGGGUUGUCUAAAAAGUGAUGAUGCAUUUUUGCAUAGAAAAAAAGAAAAGUAUGUCCUGACUUUUCUGGCAUCCCAAUACAUAGGAAGUAAUUAUGGAGUUGUGAAUAUAAUUAUAUGUAAAUUUUCUUUAUUUACUGUUAAUGCAUUAACAUUUUCUUGAAAUGCAAUGCAGUAUGUGCCAAACAUGUGAAAACCUUACACAGAGAAGGGCAUUAGUUGUCAUUUGGGAAAGGUGUGCAUUUAUCUUAUUAGAUCAGAAUUGGAGACUUCUUAAAUAGACUUCUCUAAGCAUUCAACUAUAGUUUCCUAAGUAUGGGACCAUGUUCAUGUCUAGUAAUACACUAAAUCUCUAGUUAAUUAUCUCCUAAGUCAGGAUGUGGAAAUUUGAAGAAUCCAAGUAUAGAAAAAGAUAAAUAGGCAGUUUUCUUGUUAUAAACCUAGGGUGCUAAUAAAACAAGCUCUUUAUAUAAGUAACCUAUAGGAAUAAUCAUCUGAAUCGGAAAAAAGAAUCAGUGAAUAAAACUAAAUUUUCUUUAUUUUUGUUUCUUAAGCAAUAAACUGAAAUAAAAAGACUUGAUGAUUUUGUAAUGCAUUCUCUGCCUUAUAUAUGUGAAGUGUUAAAAUGUCAAGAAACCUUGGAUAGAAGGUCCUAUAGUAACUGCUUUAAUUGAAGUAAUAAAUAACCAUCUUCAUCAAUUAAUAGAAAAAUCAGGAUUUGACCAAAAUACUUUGAAUAUGUAUCAAUAAUAAGCUGCAAGGUUCAUUAAUGAGGUAAUGCUUAGAUCACUAAUCUUAGGGUCUCCUGAGUAAUAUCUUAACUGUUUUUAAAGAAAAGUUUCAAAGAAAAGUAUAUUAUAUCCUUAUUCAUUUAAAAUCUGUCCCAUACAGAUACCACAUUUUACAAAUGUCAUAUACACUUGCUUAAUUUCAUUACUUAAGUUAAAAUUUCAUUGCUCAAUGUAAUCUAACUUCAAAUUAUUCUUUAAGGCUUUAAGGGGAAAAAGUAAGUUAGAUGGAAUUGUUUAGCUUUGAAAUAUUUAAGAGAAAGUGCCUCAUUGCUAAAGUGCUUUUCUGUUUUAGAUUUACUGAAUAAAUUCUGAGUUAACCUAUACCUGUCACUUAAGAACAGUUGCAUACCUAGACAUUCAUACAUUUGAGUAAUCUCUUUUUGAAAGACUUUCAUAAGAAAAUAGAUAUCACCAAAGACAUUUUACUGUUAAUCAGUAACCAUGUUGGAGAGAUAGUUUUAACAGUUUGGAAACUUGUAGAUUGCAAUUUAGUUUUAUAUAGCCAGGCAAUAAUCUUGAUUAGUGGCUAAACUAUCACCAAAGAAAGACUUCAAACUGAAUUUUCAUGGUGAGAUCAAUGAAAUGCAGGGUUUUUUAAUGUAAUAAUCAGAGAACACUUCCUUUAAAAUAUGCCUGUUGUCUUUUUUAGCAUCAUCUGAAAGAUACUAGGGAGUUUCUCAAAGGUGAGAGGAAAGAAAUAAAACACAACAAAUAGUCUCUCUCUGUAAAAUAAUUGAUAUAAAUACAUUAUUUGAAAAAAAAUUGAAAUUGAGAUUUUUAUUCUGUCAAGGCAGUAUAAACUUAAAUUAUACUUCGGGGAGUCCUGGGUUCUUUAGUAGUACGAAAAAUUUUGUUAGACUUUGUAAACAGUGCUGUUGUGCUAAUAACUUUUAUAGAAAAUAGUACAUUCUAUGGGAAUUACAUAAGAAGUGCUUUUUUCUGUAUUCCAAAGCAAGAUUUUCAUAUGAGGCUUUUUUCCCCUGUAAAAUGGUCUCAUAUCUCAGUAGUAAUUCAUUAUUCAGAUUUAGCCAUCCAAUAAAUUUGGCUAAAUGAGUUCCAGCGAAAGAACAAAUACAUCAAGUGAGUUGAACACUCCUCUUGCCCCGUUCUCCUUGGGAGCUCGUGCUAUCAUUGUAAAGACAAUGCCCAGUCGAUGAGGUCCUUCUAGUAAGUCCUUCUGAUAGGCCACCAUAAACAUCUUCAGAUAGGAUAAAAUGGAUAAAGAUUUUGGUUUCUCAUGAAAAAAUUUUUUACUGUCUAAGCUCAGUGCCAGUAAGAUUUUGGGUGGUUGUAUAAAUUUCUAAAAAAUAUAUUUGGUCUGUAAUAUUUCAUAUUAGAAACACAAAAAUGUGAAAUAUUAUUUUUAGACACAUACCCUUACCAUAAGAAACAUAGUAUGUCUGCCAGACAUGAAAAGCAUUAAAUAUACAAGAGACUUUGAAACAGUACCAAGCACAAAGUCAACAGCUGUUUCUGGAUCUACUUGAUACAGUUACUUCAGUAGAAUUUUGAUAGAAAAACAUCAGACAAAAAGUUGAUUUAAAUGUAGUUACACAUUACAGGCUUUUCAUAUUUUUUUCUUGAAGUUGUAGCAUUUUGCCAUUGAUUUAAAAUUACUCCCUUCCUAGUGUAAGAUAGUAGUUUUCACAAAUAGCAUGUUCCCCUGCUAUCCUAACUAUAUUGUAUACAAUUAAAAAAAAACUUGAGCACUUCCUUUUCAGAAAGUUAUGAAAGUAAACAAAAUAAUUUAAUGCACUUAAAAUCUGAUUAGAAUACAUCUCUAUACUGUUACCCUUUUUCUUAAAAUUCAAAAAGGAUAUUUAUUUUCAGAAAUACUUUCAAUUUAAAUUGCCUUUAAACCUAAAAUCAAGUGAAGCAAAUAGAUGUUAAAUAUUGGGUCUUGCUUUCUUCCAUCUUUCAGAGUGUCACGGACUAGGAAAGCUAAGCUAGUACAAAUGAAGGUAAAAUAUCUCUGAGCAAGGUAAAGAUAUUAAGCAGAUCAUUUAUUCAUAGACUUCACAUCAGUUCACUGGAGCAGGAGUUCCACACAGUAGAAAUAUAAGGAGAUCAGAUCAGCCUCACCUUGUCUGGAGUUUGUUUUCUUUUGCUGUAUAUUUUAGAAUGGGAUGGGGGCCUAAGUGUCCUUAUGAAGCUGUAGUCCACAACAAGAGCUUGUGGGGGGGGGGAAGCACCAGUGUCUUUGCUCCAUUUUGCAUCUGGAAACACAACAGCAAACAUCAGCUUUGAAUAGAAUAGCCCUCAUAUUAAAUGAAACCAUCAUAGAUUAUAUUAUAUAGUUAUGUUGCUAAUUUUCCUUUGAAAUAUAAAAUAUUUAAGCUUUUUUGUCAAAAGUAGUAACAUCUUAAUACAAAUAAAAACCUUUUUGUGGUUGUAAGAUUUAGCUUAUAAAUCAUUCAAAUUGAAGUGAAAGAAUUACCAGGUCAUUGUUAAUGACUUAGUCUAUUAAGAAUAUAUGUAUUUUUGUAAAGGAAAAGCACUUGUAGAUAUUUAAUCAGUACAGAAUAUAUGUCAGUUUUGCAGAAAUAAAAUGCUGCUUAGAGAUUCUCUUUAAAUAUUUUUUAUUUUUGUGCUCAAAUGUAUUUUCUGUCAAUUGAUGGAAUGUUCUGUACAAAGCUGUAUUGUAUUGUUGGGCUAGAUAUUUUUGUUUUUUAAAAUCUGGUCUUAGCCAAGUAUAUUUGACCAUGUUUAAAAUAGUAUCUUUGUUAUUAAAUUUUUGAUUGCAUAA